AUGACCCAUGGCGUGGUAGAAAAGGAGGCGACGGGGUUGGGACAUUUUUGUCGAGAUGGCGCAAAUAUGUAGGGAGGCGACGGCGUUGGGACAAGGAAUACAUAUCAAUGUUAGUUUUUGUGCGUUUCGAUGAGCAUGACGUGACUGGUAAAAAAGGGAAAGUCACACCCUUGGCCAGGCGUGGGUAUUUAUCUCUUUGUCUGUUGCCGUGGAGAUAGAACAGACAAAGCAGAGGUGAAGUGGUCGAGAGAAAUCGCGGGUUGUGACCUUUUCUUGACACGUAGAAAUAUGCUUUUCCGUGGUAUUUUCUGGUUCUUUUGUUCGGUACAGGAUGGUACGCAGGUUCCGAGCAGUUUGUUUCUGUUGGUGUGCGCGCGAAUCAUAAGUGUGCAUACAAACGUGGCUUUUUAUGUGUCUGUAUGAUUUACAACGUGGGGAUGCAAGCGUCAUGGGGGGUUGUUUUAGCGGGAGCGUUUUUGACAGCGUCUCGAUAGAUUUAAAGUUAACUAAUCCUGAUCGUUUUCCAAGCCUGUUUUUCGGAGUGGCGUGUUGGGAAAAAGUUGGGUCUCUCCCUUGUGAUGCAUGUCAUCUUCGAACAUGCAUGCUCUCGCACCAACAGUGCAUAGGAGAGCAGGUUUUCGUUCCGCGUCACGUAUUUUUUCGGUCUUGCGCAAAAGGUGGGAGAGGGAAACGGGGUUGGUAUUCAAAUAGGGAUUUACCGCUUUACAGUUGUUAACAGAUGAGGUUACGUUCGUUCGGGUCGUGUUCUCUUGGCGCGCUUGUACUUGCUCGGAUUUGGUUUUGUGUCGUUUUUUUCGUGGUUAGACCGUGCAACUUGUGUUUGCACAACGGAUGUUUUUUCGCAACACCUCCCAUUUCUUUGUUUUUUUCGGGCAGUAGGAGCGAGAGUAGACGGCAGACAAAAAAUGAGCCGUCCCGCACUGGAUUGUUUUGGUGGUUUGUAUUCCGUGGGUGUGUUUUGAGGCCGGAGGUUUUGGAGGAGGCGUCUUUGGCGCAGGAGGGGGGGUUGUUCGGGAAUAUCGCCUCUAGUAUAGCGUCAUGGCGUCGUCUUGCUAUCCCUGUUCUCCUGUGGGUCAGAAAACAGCAUAAAUACACAACUCAAUCACGAGAGGGCAAUGCCUCUCCAAAGGCAAAGGUUGCUUUCGGGGGACACCGUACUAAAAUCUUACGUA